CAUAUGCUACUGUACAGUACGCUUUUGGGGUUAAUUAUUUGAAGGCACACAUUACACAUACAAUUGUUGAUGUGCAUACAUACAUAGACACUAAAACACACUAGCAGGAUAUGAAGAUAGAGCCUAUCAUCACUCUAUUCUGAUUCUCUUCUCUCCUCUCUAUCCCCAGACAUGGCUGCUUGUGCUUUGUUCAGUGGUGCCAGUAACAACACUGCCGAAGAUGGGAAUGUCAGCACCACCACCACCACCACCAACGGUGCUGCUGUUGCCGGAAGUGGUAGUAGCCCUCUCACCAGUGCUUCCAGCAACAUCAGCGCCGGUGAAGAACAACAACACAUGCUUCUUCUCCAUGGUAGUAGUGGCUUCAUGAAUCAGCCUCAUUGUGAGAGGAAAUUGGUGAGAAAAAGAAUGGCUUCUGAGAUGGAACUUCACCCUUCUAUAACCAACACCACCACCACCACCAUUUCUGAGUAUCCUAGGUUUCCUCGUCGAACCACCAACAACAUCAACACCUCCUCUUUCAUUCAAAAGGGCUCCUCAGUUGGUACAGGUAGUAAUUGUAACUAUCCUUAUAAUAAUAAUAACAAUAACAAUAAUAUUAAUAAUAAUAAUAAUAGUAAUAGUAUUAGUAAUGUUGUUGUAUCAAGAGAUAACGUUACUAUUCCAAAUUACCCCAUUGUGACGCUCACAACCAACUACUCCACUAUGAUGCUACCUUCUCUUUCAUCAUCUUCAUCAUCGUCAUCAUCAUCUUCUUCCACCAAUCUCAUCAACACCGUCAAUUCUUCCUCACCCUCAAUACCCUCCACAACCAUAACCGUUUCGGCUCCAAACUACGCUCAACACUUCAAUCAAGAAAUCCUACUUGACAACAAUCAAAACACAACAUCACCUGCGGUUGUUACUUCUUCGCCUUCUUCCAUGGAUGAAAGCUCAGCCGCUUCUAAUUGGAUCGAUGGAAUAUUGAAGGAUCUAAUUCACAGCUCUAAUAGUGUCUCAAUCCCUCAGCUCAUCAACAACGUCAGGGAGAUUAUAUACCCUUGCAACCCAAACUUGGCCAUGCUUCUUGAGUACAGGCUCCGCCUCCUCACUUCUGACUCCUCCGCCUCCGCCGUGCCCGCAGCACCACCGCCACCACCGCCUCCACAAAACAAAACUCCGGUUAUGAAGCAAACAAAUACUUCAAACAUGCAUGCUUACAGCACUAUGCAUUUUCAAGAUUCAUCUUUGAAUCAGUACUGGCCUGUAGUACCGCCAACGCCGUUAGAUUCUAACAACAACAAUUCAGUUUCGUUGGCCAAUACUUUACCAUCACCGCCACCGCCUCCGCCGCCGCCACAGCCACCGCAACAAGAGAAACCCGAAGAAGAUCUUGUUACAGCACCGGCAACCACCACGAGCACCGCCACCGCCACAGAAAUGGCGGUGCUAACGAGAAAGAAAACGGAGGAGAUGAAUCAACAGAAGAAGAAAGACGAAGAAGGCUUGCACCUCCUCACACUACUCCUCCAGUGCGCAGAAGCAGUUUCAGCGGAGAAUCUAGAAGACGCGAACAAGAUGCUUCUAGAAAUUUCUCAACUGUCGACGCCGUUCGGCACAUCAGCGCAACGCGUGGCAGCGUAUUUCUCGGAAGCCAUAUCCGCAAGGCUGGUCAGCUCUUGCCUCGGAAUCUACGCAACGCUGCCAAUCGUUCCUCACAGCCAGAAAGUGGCCUCCGCUUUCCAAGUCUUCAACGGAAUCAGCCCCUUCGUCAAGUUCUCCCACUUCACCGCCAACCAAGCCAUUCAAGAAGCGUUCGAGAGAGAAGAAAGGGUUCACAUCAUAGAUCUAGAUAUAAUGCAAGGCCUCCAGUGGCCUGGCCUCUUCCAUAUUCUGGCUUCCAGGCCCGGUGGGCCUCCUUACGUGAGGCUCACGGGCCUUGGAACUUCCAUGGAAGCACUGGAGGCCACUGGAAAGCGGUUAUCGGAUUUCGCCAAUAAGCUUGGCCUUCCGUUUGAAUUCUUUGGCGUUGCGGAGAAAGUUGGGAACGUUGAUCCUGAGAGGCUUAAUGUUAGUAAGGCUGAGGCUGUUGCUGUUCAUUGGUUGCAGCAUUCUCUUUAUGAUGUUACUGGUUCGGACACAAACACUUUGUGGCUUUUGCAGAGGUUGGCACCUAAGGUGAUAACAGUGGUAGAGCAAGACCUAAGCAACACAGGUUCAUUCUUGGGAAGGUUUGUGGAAGCCAUACACUACUACUCAGCAUUAUUUGACUCCCUUGGUUCAAGCUAUGGAGAAGAGAGUGAGGAGAGACAUGUGGUGGAGCAGCAACUACUCUCAAGGGAGAUUCGGAAUGUUCUAGCUGUUGGGGGUCCAUCAAGGACUGGUGAACCAAAGUUUCAUAACUGGAGGGAGAAGCUUCAACAAUGUGGAUUUAGAGGUAUAUCACUAGCUGGUAAUGCUGCUACACAAGCAAGUUUGUUACUUGGUAUGUUCCCUUCUGAAGGGUACACUUUGGUGGAGGACAAUGGUAUUCUUAAACUUGGUUGGAAGGAUCUUUGUUUGCUCACUGCUUCAGCUUGGAGACCACCCUAUACCACUGCAAUGGCUCAUCAUCAUAGUUAAUGUUUCUCCAUAGUUUUUUUUUUUCUAUGGUCUUGUCAUUUUCUGAUUCUAAUCCUAUAUGUAGCAUCCAUCUCUAUGGUCGUUAAUUUAAAAAAGAGAUAUUUGGUAGGUGGUGUUCCUAAAGUGGGAGACUUUUCUUGCUAAAUGUGUACCAUCACUGCAAAGAAGGAAAAAAGAAAAUGUAGUUAGAUAGCACGGAGGUAGUAAUCAAUUAAUCAUCCAAGUAGGUUCCUAUGGUAUACAUUUAAUAAUACAAAGCAAGACAUUUCUCUCUGUUUUGGAGAACAUCAUAGAAUUUAUCUCAAUAUUAUUUUACUGUGACAAGUGAGAACUGAGAAGGGUGUUACUAUGACAUUUUGAUUUUAUGGGUACCCAUAUAGCUAGCCAUAAUGUUGUCUAUUAGUAGUGUAGUUGUUACGAAUGCA